UUUAUACAUACUACAAAAUCAAAUUAAAAUAAUAAUGGACAUGGAAUGGUCUCCUCAAAAUGCAAUGAAUGCUUACUUGCAAACUCUUCAUAUGUGUAAGGUGAAUAAGAUGCAUGAUGAAGAACAAAAACAUGGGAUAGAUGGAAGCAAAGUAAUUGAACCACAAGGAAGUGAGUUACUAUCAGCAUUAGCAGCAGGAAAUCAAUCAAGACUUAUACUUGACAUUUCCACUUCCAAACAACACACUAAUAAUACUAUUACUCCCAUAACACUUGCCCUAACCAUAGCUGCUAAUCAAACUAAUGGCAAACUAAUCUCAAUUCGCCCUAAUCUCGAUUCUUCAUCGUCAUCAUAUCCAGUGUAUCCCGUUCCUAGAAUCUAUGAUCAGACUUCGGUGACGGAUGAAAGACGGCAACCUACUGAAUUAAGAGUUGGGGAUCCAUUUGAAGUAAUGAAUGAUAUUAGAAACGCGGAUUUUGUUGUUAUAGAUUGCUCAAAUUUAGAUCAUGAUCAAAUGAGAUUAGUGUUUGAGAAACUUGAUCUUAAUCCAAAAGGAGCUAUAAUUGUUGCUACUAAUGUUUUGAAUAGAGAAGAUGGUGUUUUUGUUGUUGAUCAAGUUUUGAAGGGUAAAAGAGGCAUUAAAUCUUGUGUUACAACUUUGCCUUUAGGAGCAUCGACUUCUAUUGGGUUUCAAGUUAUUAUCAAGAUUAAAUCUUUGAUGGGUAAAUGUCAAAGAAGGAGAAGACAUAAUAGGUUUUUGGUUACAUUUGAUGAAUGAUCAUAUAUGCAUGUAGUAUGCUUCUAGCUAUCUAGUUUUCCUAAUUUUAGAAUUUAGAAAAUGGGUCUUUACAAUUCAAACAAGGAGUUGAAGAUUGAGUCACAUAUAAAUUUAAAGGAGGUUCAUUACUAAAAUCAAUUUUGAGUAGGAUGAGUUACUCCUUAAGUUUAUAAAAUGAUAUAUUUUUCUUUUUCUUCGAUAUGAGACAAUUUACAUACGAAUAAUAAUGUAACUUAGAUAGUUUAUAUACAGGUAAUAAUGUAACUUAAACAGUUUAUAUAUGGGUAAUAAUGUAACUUUAAGUGUUAUGUACUCU